AGUACCCCAGUCACUUUGUGGAGUAAAUUAGGUGGUGAGGUAAGGUUGCUAAUGUGUGUUGUAAAAGACCUUAUCUAACAGCAGAGAAAAUUAAGUCCUGGAAAGGAUUUGACUCAAUAGUCAGUCAUAUGCCUUGCUUUAUAGUGUGCCCAGCCAAUAUGGAGAUGGGGGGUGCGUGUGGAAAAAGACAGAGUUAAAUAUUUUAUUUUUAAGCACUAAAUAUUUAUUGACAGAAUAUCUCUCCAGGCGGUGUUCACAUGCUUAGAACUGACGCUUUUAACUUGGCAGUGCCUUUUAAGCAAACAAGCUCAGUCAGUUGAGCGCAAUGAUUAACAGGAAGCUGGGGAGCUGACACAGUUGACAACCUUUGGCCACAAGAAGAGGCCGGGUUUGAGUCUUGUGGCAAUGACUAGCAGGGUGGCCCCUCGCCCUUUAGUGAUUUUACUAUGGGGACAGGUGGGCACACUGGAAUCACAACCUUCCUGAGGUAACUUAUUUUUGUGUAGGAACAGGUUGCUGAUUAGUGGGAGACUGAGCAAAGCAAAUCCAAAGGAAUUACUUCAGAAAUGCAUCAAAGAAAGGUGGAAAUGCAACACAGCUGUAAAUGGAAGAAAGAAAAAGUACGAGAACGGUCCGCUGGAAGGGCAUGAAACAGCCCAUCAGAACGGCAUGUACCGAAAGGAUGACAAUGGAUUCUGGAGAAAAUGUAAGUUAAAUAUUUAUCUCCACUCUCGUCAGAUCUCAAGAGACAUUUUACUCAUUUCCUGGUUUUGAAUAAUGGGCUCUUGGAAGCACUGUCUUUUUAGUGUGUCUCUCGUCACGGCCCUGAUUUUCGUAUUUGUUUACAAUAACAAGCUUUUGGAGAAGAAACGUCUUCUGAGGACGUCUCUUACCAAUGCUUCGCUCUUAGCAGAAACCUGUCAUCAGAUUCUUAAGGGGAAGGUUUUUUACUUAACAGAGAAUGCGUUGAAAACUACCCUCAGUGGAUCUGCCUGUUAUGAAUACAUGGUUCAGAGUCACUAUAUAACAGAAACGCUCUCUGAAGAAGAGGCUGGGUUCCCUUUGGCUUACUCAAUGACCAUCCACAAAGAAUUUGGAACUUUCGAGAGGCUCUUCAGAGCUAUUUACAUGCCCCAAAAUGUCUACUGCGUCCAUGUGGACGAAAAGGCAGCAGCUGAGUUUAAAGAUGCGGUGGAGCGAUUGCUGAGCUGCUUCCCGAAUGCCUUUCUGGCUUCCAAGAUGGAGCCGGUUGUCUAUGGUGGGAUCUCCAGGCUCCAGGCGGACCUGAACUGCCUGAGAGACCUGGUGGCCUCCGAGGUCCCGUGGAAGUACGCCAUCAACACCUGUGGGCAAGACUUCCCCUUGAAAACCAACAAGGAAAUUGUUCAGUAUCUGAAAGGCUUCAAAGGGAAAAACAUUACCCCGGGGGUGCUGCCCCCCGAUCAUGCUAUUGGACGGACUAAAUACAUCCACCAAGAAAUAUUAGACACAAAAAAUUCCUAUGUGCAUAAAACAGAAAAAUUGAAAACUUCCCCUCCUCACAACAUAACCAUUUACUUUGGCACUGCCUAUGUGGCCCUCACAAGGGAAUUCGCUAACUUCGUCCUCCAGGACCAGCAUGCACUUGACCUACUGUCCUGGUCCAAGGACACCUACAGUCCUGAUGAACAUUUCUGGGUGACCCUCAAUAGGAUUCCUGGAAGCAGCAUCUGUGACUAGCUGAAAGCCUGGCCUCCUGUCGCUGUAGACUGGUCUGGAAACAAACGGUCUCCUGUCCCGUGGUUCUGGAAUGCUCUACUUCUGCUGCUCAUUCUAGUCUCUCCUCAAGACCCACUAACUAGAAAAGGCACUCCCUCAGGGAAGCCUUCCCUGCCCCUUUCCUCUGCCACAGAAGCAGCCACUUGUGCUCCUGCUUGGGUAAGAGCAUCUCCUCCGCGGCAUCCUCGCUGUUUGUGCGGAUCUCCCCGACUUUGCUCACAUCUCUGCGCCCCCCCGCUGCACACACUGAGAGGUGAGAAUGUGAACUAGACAUCUGCCUAGCCUCCUCAUUCUGUGGGUUCCAAUCUAAUGCUGAAUAAGGAGCAAAUGAAAGGGAGAGCAAAUGAGUGGGAGAGAAAAGAGUAUUACUCUGCUUGCCUAAUACUUUCUACAAAUAUUUAAUAUUUUUAGCAAAUAAAGAAAAUUAUCCUGCA